AUGUCGUUGGAGAAUGUGACCGAGGGGAGUGUGAGUAAGCAGACGAAUGACCGGAGUGAGGACAGGCGAAUCGUGGAUGGGGUCAAAACUAAGAAGAGGAGGAGAGCUUUAGAAGAAAGACAGAAGGAGAACGUGGCCGAGGGGAGUGUGGGCAUUCAAGAGAAAGGCAGGAACGAGAACAAGCAACUCGUGGAUGGGGUCAAGGCCAAGAAGAGGAAGAGGGCUCUAGAAGAACGACAGUAUAGUCGCUGCAGAGGAGAGGAAUUUGAAGAGAAAAAUGGCUGA